CAGGGUGUGUCACACAGAGCAGCUGCCUGGGACAGGCUGAGAGCGAAGGGGCCUGACGUUGAGGAGCAAAGACCACCCUCCAGCCGCCCCUAGCGCUUGCUGGUUUCUCUUUCUUGAGACCAGAGGACCCAGGAGUCUGGGGCGGAGGGGGAAGAACAGACUUCCUCCUCUCUCAGAGACCCAGGAGGCUAGAUCACCAGCUUCGUCGUCGUCACCCAGGACCCAGGAACCCAGACUUCACCCCCAUGGAGCCCUGCCGGUCCCUGGCCCUCCUCACCAGCUCCCUGGGCCUGGUGUCCCUCUUAGUGGCCGUGAGCACGAAUUUCUGGUUUGCAGCCCGGGGGCCCACGUCUUCAUCUCACUCGGGCCUCUGGCCCAGCAAGGAUCAAGUCUCAGUAGCAGGCUACAUCCACGUGACGCAGAGCUUCUGCAUCCUGGCUGUCCUGUGGGGCCUGAUCUCCACGGCCUUUCUGGUCAUGUCUUGCAUCCCUUCGCUGUCUGCCCCCGGACGCGGCCCCAUUGUCUCCACCUUCAUGGGCUUUGCUGGAGCCCUGUCCCUGAUAGUGGCCAUGACGGUCUACACCAUUGAGCGGUGGAACCAGCCUGGAAACCCCCAGGUCCAGAGCUUCUUCUCAUGGUCCUUCUACCUGGGCUGGGUUUCAACCCUCCUCUUUCUCUGUACAGGUGGCCUGAGUCUGGGCGCUCACUGCACGACCCACCGGCCCGGCUACGAGGCCAUGUGAACCACAGGAUGGCCUUAGAGCUCUGUUCUCUGAAGGCAUCAUCAGGAACCCUGAAAGCAACAGCUGGUUCUCCUUCCAGCCAGCCUGCUCUGACUCCCAGCCUCCACAGGCUUCUUCCUUUGUGGCUUCAUUCAGUCAACAAAAAUUUGCCGGGAUCUGGCUAUUCAAAGGGUCAUGCAGCUGCGACAUAAACCAAUGACAUGCCAGCUCCAUGGUGGGUGACGCUAGGCACCCAGAGGGGAGUCAGUCCUGCCACCUGCCCUGCCCUCCAGGAGCUCCUACCCAGUGUGGGGACCAGUCUAGGCUCGGGCAUGGCCCCAGGGCCCUUGUUGUCUCUCUUCUUUGUCCUUCCAUCUCUUUUCUUCCCUGUCUUUUUUUUUUCUUUUUGGCUGCAUGGCAUGCAAACUUCCUGGACCAGGGAUUGAACCUGCUCCCCCUGGAGUGGAAGCACAGAGUCUUAACCCCUGGGCCAACAGGGAAGUCUUCCCUGUAACUUCCUCUUUUUAGUUCUUGUCUUUCAGCUCCCUCUCUGAUUUAGUCACCCUGGCGUUCAUCCUUAGUCCUUGUUCAUUUCAUUAAAUUCACUUCUUCAGCUGGC